GGGCGACAGAAGCUGUUCUUCAGCGGAGAUGGCUUUUGCCUCCUGGUGGACAUGGGCCCCGGUGGAAUGGGCCCGGUGGAUGUGGACAACGGUGACCGGCAGUGGGGACUCCAGUCUGCAGGUCCUUCAAGGAAACUCAGGAAAGAGGAGUUCUGACUCUGAAGAAGCAUUUGAGACCCCGGAGUCAACAACCCCCGUCAAAGCUCCACCAGCCCCACCUCCGCCACCCUCUAAAGUCGUUCCAGAACCCGAGGUCAGCGCACCGCCUCCCCCAGAAGAAGCAGGAUGUGGCUCUGAGCCGGUCUGUGUCCCCGAUGGCCCCCGCAGCAGCUCGGUGGAAGGAAGUCCUUUCCGUCCUCCGACACACUCCUUCUCCUCCGUCUUCGAUGAAGACAAGCCGAUAGCCAGCAGCGGGACUUACAACUUGGACUUUGACAACAUCGAGCUGGUGGAUAAUUUUCAGACCUUGGAGCCUCGCUCCUCAGACUCUAAGAAUCAGGAUUGCAAGGUGAACUCGCGGAGGAAGUCCACGGACUCUGUCCCCAUCUCUAAGUCGACGUUAUCCCGCUCGCUCAGCCUGCAAGCCAGUGACUUUGAUGGUGCUUCUUGCUCAGGGAGUCCCGAGGCCGCGGCCCCGGCCCCAGAUGCACACAGCACGGGUUCGAGCAGUGCUUCCAGUACCCUUAAGCGAACUAAGAAACCGAGGCCACCUUCCUUAAAAAAGAAACAGACCACUAAGAAACCCCCUGAAACCCCCCCAGUGAAAGAGACACACCAAGAGCCAGCCGAAGAGAGUCCCGACCCCAGCGAGGAGAAUCGAAUAGCCGAGACAAAAACGGAAUCAGCCAAGACGGAAGGUUCUGGACCAGCCUUAUCAGAGGAGGCACCCGUAGAACCUACUGCUGUGCCCAACGCUGCCUGCCCUCUGGACUCCGAGGGUGCAGAAGGGGCCAUCCCCCCAGCUUCUGGGGGUGGCAGAGUGCAGAACUCACCCCCCGUUGGAAGGAAAACAUUGUCUCCUGCCACGGCCCCAGAGGUGGUGGAGGUGUCCCCAUUGGAUAGUGGGGGGCAAGAGGACUCCCCAGCCAAAGGCGUCUCAGUGAGGCUGGAGUUUGACUAUUCUGAGGACAAGGGUAGUUGGGACGCCCAGCAGGAAAACCCCCCGCCCACCAAAAAGACAGGCAAAAAGCCGGUUGCCAAAAUGCCCCUAAGGAGGCCAAAGAUUAAAAAAACACCCGAAAAACUCGACAACACUCCUGCCUCGCCUACCAGAUCCCCUGCUGAACCCAAUGACAUCCCUAUCGCUAAAGGUACCUACACCUUUGAUAUUGACAAGUGGGAUGACCCCAAUUUUAACCCUUUUUCUUCCACCUCAAAAAUGCAGGAGUCUCCCAAACUGCCCCAACAGUCAUACGACUUUGACCCGGACGCCUGUGAUGAGUCCACUGACCCCUUUAAGACAUGCUCUAAGACCCCCAGCUCACCUUCUAAAUCCCCAGCCUCCUUUGAGAUCCCAGCCAGUGCCAUCGAAGCCAAUGGAGUGGACGGGGAUGGGCUGAACAAGCCCGCCAAGAAGAAGAAGACGCCCCUCAAGACUGACACAUUUAGGGUGAAAAAGUCGCCAAAGCGGUCUCCUCUCUCUGAUCCACCUUCUCAGGACCCCACCCCCGUGGCCACGCCGGAAACGCCGCCCGUGAUCUCCGCGGUGGUCCACGCAACCGACGAGGAGAAGCUGGCGGUCACCAACCAGAAGUGGACGUGCAUGACAGUGGACCUGGAGGCUGACAAACAGGACUACCCACAGCCCUCGGACCUGUCCACCUUCGUAAACGAGACCAAGUUCAAUUCACCCACGGAGGAGUUGGAUUACAGAAACUCCUAUGAAAUCGAAUAUAUGGAGAAAAUUGGUUCCUCCUUACCUCAGGACGACGACGCCCCGAAGAAGCAGGCCUUGUACCUUAUGUUUGACACUUCUCAGGAGAGCCCGGUCAAGUCUCCCCCCGUCCGGAUGUCAGAGUCCCCGACACCGUGUUCAGGCUCAAGUUUCGAGGAGACUGAAGCCCUUGUGAACGCCGGGGCAAAGAUCCAGCAUCCCGUUGCACGAGGGCUGGCCCCCAACCAGGAGCCACACUUGCAGGUGCCAGAGAAAUCCUCCCAGAAAGAGCUGGAGGCCAUGGCCUUGGGCACCGCAUCAGAAGUGAUUGAAAUUAGAGAAGCUGCUCACCCAACAGACAUCACCAUCUCCAAAACAGCCUUGUAUUCCCGCAUCGGGACGGCCGAGGUAGAGAAACCCACAGGCCUUCUGUUCCAGCAGCCUGACCUGGACUCCGCCCUCCAGAUCGCCAGGGCAGAGAUCAUAACCAAGGAGAGAGAGGUCUCGGACUGGAAAGAUAAAUAUGAAGAAAGCAGGCGGGAAGUGAUGGAAAUGAGGAAAAUAGUGGCCGAGUAUGAGAAGACCAUCGCCCAGAUGAUAGAGGAUGAACAGAGGGAGAAGUCGGUCUCCCACCAGACGGUCCAGCAGCUGGUCCUGGAGAAGGAGCAAGCCCUGGCCGACCUGAACUCGGUGGAGAAAUCUCUGGCCGAUCUCUUCAGGAGAUACGAGAAGAUGAAAGAGGUCCUGGAGGGCUUCCGCAAGAAUGAAGAGGUGCUGAAGAAAUGCGCGCAGGAGUACCUGUCCCGAGUAAAGAAGGAAGAGCAGAGGUACCAGGCGCUGAAGGUCCACGCGGAGGAGAAGCUGGACAGGGCCAACGCUGAGAUCGCCCAGGUCCGGGGCAAGGCCCAGCAGGAGCAGGCUGCGUACCAGGCAAGCCUGCGGAAGGAGCAGCUUCGAGUGGACGCUCUGGAAAGAACGCUGGAGCAGAAGAAUAAAGAGAUAGAAGAACUCACCAAGAUUUGUGAUGAACUGAUUGCCAAAAUGGGGAAAAGCUAACUUCGAACCAAAUCUUUGGACUUUGACCAUUGCGUGCAAUAUGACCGUCGGCACACUGCUGUCCCUCUGGUUAUGUGGACAGGUUCUGUUUUCACUUUUUCGUAUGCACUACUGUAUUUCCUUUCUAAAUAAAGUUGAUUUGAUUAUAUGCAGUA